CCAUUACAACUACCAAAAUCAUCUUUUCAGUAUCGUUUAAAUCAAUGCUGCAGAUAUUGAUCUGUAUAACUUUCUUUAGAUUUGAAGAAUUUGUUCAUAAAUAUUUCAAGAUGAAUAAAGAAUUAUUCUUGUUACUCAUUUCUAGAACUUUGAAUAAUGACCUAUGUUCAAAUUAUACCAAUAACCAAUCGAAAGAAAAUUGGAUUUCAUAUAAAAUUUUCACAGUUUAGAAUAUUUCUAUUGAAUCAUAAAUAUAACUGGUAAGGAUAAAAACUUGGUAUUUUGAAAAUAUUCAUGAAGAACUUCUUCAAAUCUUAAGAAUAUUACAGAAAUCGAGAUAACUAAUAUUGUUAUGUCCGAUAGUAAAAAUCCAAUUUUGACAACUAUAAAUGAUUGAUAGUGACUCAAAAAUUCAUAGUUAAAAUUUUAGAAAAUAUUCAAUCAUUGUUUUUUGUUUUCUAUAGAUCAAAAUCAAAUGAUGAGUUUAUUUUAUUCAACAACAAAAUGGCAACAAAUUAAUCUUUGGCUAAAAACUCUUUUACAUAUAAUUGAUCCUUCUGUUGAUGAUUAUAUGUUUUUAAUCCGAGAAAAGAAAACAAUUCUCGAUAAUGAUCAAAUGACCUUAGUACAAAUAACAAAAUAUGACGAUGAAGAGCAAAUAAAAGUUCCUUUAUUAAAUAGAAAUAUAACUAUUGAAAAAUUAUUACAUUCAACAGAAAAAUCAAUAGAUGUUUAUAAAUAUUUAGCUACGAAUGAUACAAAACGAAUUCUUGAUUCUAAUGAAAAACUUUCAAAUUUAAAUAAAACAAAAUUUAUUCUUGUUAAAGAAAAUGAAAUGUGUCUUGUAUUGAUAAAGAAAUCGAAUGAUUUACAACUUAUUCAUGUUACUGAAGAAGAAAGUGAAAAAUAUCAACGAUUUGUUGUUAGUGCUACGAUUGCUGAUAUUAAUAAAGAAAAUCAACAAGAUAUUUUACAUCAAUAUCUUUUGUAUUCAAAUGACUUUGUUCCAUCAACUGCCAUCCAAUUAAUAACAUUUCAAUCAGAAUCAUUAAUUCAAUUUAUUG